AUGGAAGAAGGAAUGUGCCGUGUAGACACACUAAUCAAAAAUGCUAUGAAAAAGAUUGUUGAUUAUGAAGAACAAAGAAAAGAGGCUGAGUUAAUGAAAACAUAUGAAUUAAUGAAAUAUGAGUCAUUAGAAAAAGAAGAUGAACAUAAUAAAAAUUUAAUAAUUGAGGUACUACGUCAAAGUAUCAAUAGAAAUGAUAUAAGUCUUGUGAAGUUAAAGAAAUGGAAAGAUUUAACUAUUGAACUUUUUAAGAAAAUUGAACGACUUGAAAAAGAAGAGAAUGAAAGAAAAGAAGAAAACAAGAUAUCAAUGACAAAAGUAUUAGACUCUAAGAAUAUUCAUCAUGAACUUAUUACUAAGAGAAGAGGCUCUUUUAUUAAACGAGUUAGCUCACCACGAUCUCUUAUUAAAGUGAAAGAAUUAAAUAAAAAAAGACAAAGCAAACGUUUUGAAGAAAUUAAUAGUCAGUCAAUAGACCAUCAUUUAGUGUUUUGUAAUAAUGAGACAGCAAAAACAAUUUCACUAAAACGAAGAAGUACUGGACAAAUGGGAAUAAAUAAUCAAAUUGCAAAUAUUUCAACAGAACUUCUUUUAAGUGAAGAAAAAGUUAUAAAAAAAGAAGGAGAAUAUAAUGAAAGUAUUAAUGAAGAAAUGACAGUUCAAAUGAUUACAACUUCUCCAAAUGAUUUAGAAGUUAUUGAAAAUACAAUUAAGAAUUGGAUUCCUAAUAUUAAUAGAAUGAAUUGUAUUAUUGAUGAUGAUAUCAAUGAACAAUGGGACAGAAAUAUUUGUGAAAAGAUUCAACAGUUACAGGAAUUUUAUAUUAUUUUUAUUGAUGGAUAUCAAUUUUGUAUUGGAUUCUAUUUUUCUAUUCAGUCAGUUAAAGAAUGGGAGUGGAUAGUUGUUGGACAAAAUUCUUUUGCUUUUAUGGGCCAAAGCCCAAACACAAUUUAUAGAUGUCCAAGAAAAGAAAACACUUGUUUAUCUGUUUGUUUUUAUAAUAAUUAUGGUACAAUUAUUUCUGUUGGAUCUCCAUAUAAACCAAUCCACUUUAACAAAUCAAAUCACUUAUCAAUGUUAUCUGAUUUCACUGAUUAUUUUUCUUCUCCAACUUCAUUAAUUACUCCCUCUUUACGGUUAAAAAGAAUGUUAGUUUAUUCAAUAAAUUAA